AUGCCUAGUUACUCUUUUGAAAAAAAACAUACGACAACUGCUCUCACAACAAUAACGCUUAUUCUUUCCGCGUAUUCAACUUUGAGAUACUUGGUUUUUGGGAAAGCCAUAAAUGAAAAUGAUCCAUUUGACGUGGGGUUGACUCCAUUCACUGGGAGCAUUAUUAUUGUCUUUUUAUACUGGAUGGUAAUGUUUUUGUUCCAAGCUUUAUUCAUCAUUAGAUAUUUUGUAUCUGAAGAACGAGAGCACGAGGAUCCGAGACAAUCGAAGGCGUUUCUUGCGAGCAACCAUUUUAUGGCGUUCAAUACGAUUACUUUCUUCUGGACAAUAUUGUUUGGAAAAGGAUAUUACUUUUUCGCAGAGUUGUUGGCGAUUGCCAAUUUCUUGAACAUUACGCUGUUGAUUAUCAUCCACAAGACGUACAUCACCCUGCAAUUCUCCGACUAUUUUUUGAUCCACGUUUCCACUGCGGCAUUACCAUUUUCCUGGCUUUUGUAUUUGAUAUUCUGGAAUGGUGCGGCAGUGUUUAGAAGCAGCACUGGGCUUAUCGCGAGAAUCUUGGCGAAUAUUUUCAUUUGGAACUUCUUAUUCGUGCCAGUGUUGUUCAUUGUGUUCUUUGGAGAUUGGGCCAUUGGAUUACUGUCAAGUUUAUUAAUGUUUGGAUUGGGUAUUGGUCAAAUAGCCACGAAAGUUUUUGCAUUGCAAUGGAUCUUUGCAUUUAUCAUUUCAGGAAUUUUGGCCUUGUUCUCAUUGAUUGCCUUUGUAGGUUAUGGAACGAGUUUCAUGGUGACUAUUGAGCGCGAGGAGCGGGCCCCAUUGUUGAGCGAAGAAGCUUAA